CCCGUCCAGCGACCAUUGGUUUGCGACGACUUCUUUUACACAACCACCACACUCGAGCGGCAUCUCGAAGUCAGUGUUCUGGUGGACAUUGACUUGCUUUCGGACGCAGCUAUUACACCCGUAUCAAAAAGAACAUCACUGGUGCUACCUGUGCCACCGACAGCCGUGCGAUACGCCUUCAAGAGCUGCUUGAAGGGCUCACUCAAGCUACUGAUCACGGAACAUUGAAAGCGACAGCGCAUCAUUACAGAAUCUGCAUCUCACCAUGGUCAACCCUCCUGCAGGCGCUGAUGCCAAAAAAGUCACACCACCGGUCUCUUCGAGAUUAUCGGUCGGCCCCAGACCAACUGCUUCGUCGCAGGCACCAACGCGGUCAAGCACGGCUGCGUCGCGGGCAACUACAUCCACGCCUGCCACAAGAACGCCAACUCGGCCGUUGGCACCCUCGGUCCGUAAAUCAACCACUGAGAAAUCUCCGACUGUUGCUUCGAAACCGGAUAGCUUGGAGGCUCGGCGCCUUGCUCGGUCAACCACUUCUGCGACAACUUCUACACUUGCCUCGCGCGCAACAAAAGCCGAUGCUGGAUUGGACAAGACUCGAAGGACAACCUUGGGUGGCACACCUCCAAAGCGACCGCCAAGCUCAGCCUCGACUGUUUCUCGCACCGGAACUAUCGGCACAAAGGUGAGACCUUCAAGCCUCGCUGCAGCGGGCGUAAAACCGGCGCCAGCUCGCGCGAAGCGGUCUUCCACUAUCGAAUCUGUCGCCAGCACGGAUAACGUAGCUCGUCCUGUGUCCAGAGAUACCAUCACCGAGGAAAGCUCAGCGCGCCAAGAGGAGGAUGCGGAAAUUGCCACGGCGCCUGGAGAUGAAUUGGAGUUGGAUGGAGAGGUCGAGGCGAACGACAACGCCAUCGGUCGGGAUCUUGCUUCACCCAGAACUCCACUCGAUACAUCUCACUUCGACCAUACCUCGAGUCCCAACUCUGUGCAUGCAAAUUUCGAAACAUUAUCCAAUAUCACCAAUAAUCUUGACGAGUCCUUGAGUUCUCAAGAUCAAACCCAAGGCCUCGGCGAUGAUCGGGCAAUCGGCCAGGAGAAUGAGCGUCAGGCUUUGUUGGAUCGGCUCACCGCGGCGAGACGCGACCUUGCCUCCGUUACCUCCGAAUGCGAUCAACUCAAAGCGCAGCUCAUCUCGAGCCAUGAAGACCGAGAUGCAGUCGAAGCGGCGCUAGAAAACACUCGACAAGAAUUGAGCGCCGCAACGAAGCAGUUAGAAACUGUCAAAGAGAUGUCAGACACGGUAACUGCUGGGAUGAAAAGUAUGAAAGUACAAGUAGAAGCCCAAGAUUCCGGAACCAGUAAAGAUGCGCUAUCACGAGAUAUCUCAUCCCAACAGGCGAACGAACCCCGACAGGUAAUCGCACUUGAAGAGCAUGAACAUGCACUGCAAUCGCUCAGAGACAGUCACGAAAACACAGUGCGUCUUCUCGAGGCGCAACACGAAAAGUCCCUAUCACGGUCAAAGACGGAGCAUGCAUCUGAGAUGGCCAAAACGCUAGAGUCACAGGACGCGGCCCUCAAAGCCAUCAAGGCGGCCCAUAAACUUCAUCUCCUCGCGCUACAGGAAGAAUCUCAGACAGAAGUUGAAUCACUCAAACACGACUACCACUCAUCGCUAGAAUCAUAUCAGGAGGAUCAUUCGAACGAGAUCGAUGCACUGAUAAGCGAAAAAGAAUUAGCCCUCGCCGCAUUAGAAGAGUCGCAUGCAGAGGAGAUCUCGAAGCUGAAACUCGAAAUAUCUAAGCAUCCGACCGAGCUGCAAGGAGUAGAAUCAAAGAUCGCAGCAGUUCAGGACGCCCUUAGAAAGGAACUCCUUGAAAAGACUGAUGAUCGAGACAAAUUGGCGCAGGUUGUGGAAGAUCUCAAGCAGGAGAUAGAUCGAUGUCAAGUGCAGCUCGACGCCGAUGCCGAUGCCCAGGACAAGCUAAAUGAAGAAGCACAGAUCCGCAUAAACGCGCUCCAGGCAGAAUUGGAGGAGGAGAAGCGGCGUAGUCAAGCCGCUCAAGAGCGCGUCGCGCAGGCUCACACCGACUCUGAGACCCGUCAAGCUGAGGCAAUCCAAGAAUUGCACAAAGCGCAGGAGCUGGAAAUUCAAAAGAUCAAGGAUGACUCUGCGGAACAAAACAAUGCUAUUCAACAACAAGCGGAAAAGAAUCUAAAGGAACUGCGCGAACGACUGGAGAAAGAUAUUUCAGAGAUGCAGUCGAAAGCAGCGGAUGAGAGGACACUGAGCGCCCAGGAGUCGGACAGGUUGUUGCAGGACGUACGAAGACAGCUUGAAGAGGAGUUCGAGCAGGCUCGUGCCAAUGCAACGAGAGUUCAUACUGAACAGUUGGAGAAAACCCAGAAGGAGUCAUUGGAAGAGCAGGAACGGGCUGCAACUGCGAGGGCCGAGCUUGAAGCCACUUUGCUAGCGCAAGAGAAAGAAAUUCAGACUCAGCUUGACAUCGUACAGACCGAAUUGGCUGAGAAACAUAAUAAGCUAGAAGAGGCCGCGAGGCAGUUGGAUAGCGAGAAGGCUAACAGCCGCGAAGCAAUCGAGCAGCUGCAGAACGAACUCCGGACUACACAGCAACUCAAGGAGGACCUCGAACAGCAACUCAAGGAGGAACUACACAAGCUGUCAACCGCGGACGACAAACAUGUGGAAGACCUUCAAGACGAGCUUCGGACCUUGAAAACCAGUGAAUCUAGUACGCGAGAAGUACUGGCGAACCUUCGAGACGCGCUUGCGAAGAAUACUGCGCUUAUCGAGGAAAAGCAAACUGAGAUCGACGGCCAUGUUUCAGAUUUAGCUGCGAGUCACGCGGCAAUUGAGAAUCUUCAGGACGAGGUUCGAAAAUUGCAACAAGUCGGAGACGAAUCAAUGCAGAGCAGUUCCAAGACUAUCGAAGAUCUGCAAGAUCAGAUCAAGAUUGCGGCGCAGGAAAGCGCUGAUGCGAACGACAAAAUCAAUCUGCUGGAGAGCGCGGCCGCACUUCACGAAAAAACUGUUGACGAGCUCAAAUCCGAGUUGCAGCGUGCUCAGCAGACUGCUUCAAACCUUGAAAUCGAAAACAAUGAAAAGAUUGCCCGACUACAGAGCGAUCUUGACUCGCUCGCUCAAGAAAAAGGCAGAUUGGAGAUUGCCCAGGCCGAUGCACUGACUGAGAAAGACAACAUCGUCCUCGUCAAGACCAAUGCCAUCGAAGAACUGGAAGGCACAGUGGCAUCGUUACAGCAGGAGCUGUCACACGUCCAGUCGUCCACUGCGGUCGAGAAUUCAAGCUCGGGCCAGAUCGCAGAGGAGUUCCAAGACCAAAUUCAGAUCCUGCAGCACAAGCUCGAAGACUCUCACGACGCGCGCCAAAAGGCAGAACAUGAGUUUACGCAGCUCAGUGAAGCCCACUCCACCAUUCUUCAGAAGUUCAACGAUUUCGAGGCGCAGAAUGUUGAGAUCGGAACGCUGCGACAGGAGCAUGCAAAGGCGAAUGAACACCUUGAGGAGCUGAGGACGAAAUUCGAUCAGGUGGCGCGAAGAUUCCAGGAUAGUAAUUUACAGAUUGAACAGCUGGAGAUUCAGCUCAAAGAAGCCACACAGGCGAGCGCGACAGCCAUUCAUGAAAAACAAAACACGGAAUCGUCUCUCAGCAAACUUCAAGACGAACUGACUGGCUUGCAAAAAGUGCUUGACACUUUCUCUCAAGAUUCAGACGAGCGUGAAAGCAGGCAUGUGAAGUCGCUGGCUUCGUUGUCCGAUCAGCACACGCACGAGGUAGAACAGAUCAUGGCAAAGCACGCCAACGAUAUCGCUGCAGUGCAAAAAGCGGCCGACGAACAGCUGCACAGUGCUGGCAUUGAGCGCGACCAAAACCAUGCUGUGGCCUUGGCAACAUUGAAAGGAGAAUAUGCUCUCCAGCUUGCUGCCGCGGAGGAGAAAGCGUCGCAAGAUGCACACGCUCUUUCAAUUGAACGUGAGCGAAACUAUGAAAUGACACUUGCUAAAAUGCAAGAUGAUCAUGCUGCUCAGCUGGCCGAGGUCGAGGCGAAGCUAUCGCAAGACUUUGAAGCAAGCGCAGCCGAACGUGGUCGUCUUCAUGGACUAGCGCUUUCUGAGUUGAAAGCGGAGCACACCGCACGCCUUACUGAAAUCGAGACGAGGUCCAUCAAAGGUCAAGAGGAUAAUUCGGCAACCCGCGAACGGGAAUUUGAGGAUGCGCUGUCCACGCUGAAAGCAGAGCACGCUUCACACGUUGCAAAAAUCGAGAGUGCGGCGUUACAGCAGUCUGAAAAGAUCAGCAGCGAUCGCGAUCGGGAGCAUGCUGCCGCACUCGCUGCACUGACACAAGAACAUGGCGCUCAAUUGGCUGAGAUUGUUAAGAGAUCUCAGGAUCACGCGCAAAGCGAUCGAGCAGAGCGUGACUCCGCACAUGAGGCAGCGGUGGAGGAGGUCAUUCGGGGGUACACAGCACGGAUCGCCGAGAUCGAGCAAAGCGUUACGGCGCGGUCAUUUGAGCUGGAACAGAUCCACAAACAGACUGUGGCUGACCUGCAAGAAGAGCACAGGGCCCAGCUCGCCUCGGCGGAGCGGCUUGCCAAGGAAGCUUUGGACGCGAGCCUUCGCGAUCGGGACGGCGAGCAUCAAAAAGCCAUUCAAGGACUUGUUCAGACGCACGAACUACAUAUUGCUGAAGUCGAACGGUUCUUUGCCGACCGGGAGAAGGGCGAGCGCUCGUCACUUGUGCAAGCGCACGAAGGUGCACUUGCACAACUGCGUAUAAGCCACGCAGUGGAGAUGGAUCAUCUACAGGAAACUGCGGCGCGAGAGCUUGAGGCCGCGCGAGCCGAGAGAGACAAGCUCCCACAAUCGGACGAAGUGGGCGACCACAACUCCAAUCAGCUUCUGCCUAGAGACCGGGCAUUGAUCCCGCCACAGAAUUCAAUUCAAGAACAAACCCCUCCCAAGGCCUCCGAACCCACUUCACGGGGCCUAUCUCACAUCUUCUUCAAUCACGAACCCGAAGUUGUUGAGCACGGUACAAACGAGCCAUUUUCACAGCCGCAAGACUCCCUCACAGAAGAUCUUGUCAACGAAAGCAUUGACGAGAUUCCGAUCGCCUACAUUGAGGGUGCGCGAGACGUGAUCGAGGCGCCCGUAAAUGACUCGUCCAGUCAUGCCGCAGUCCAGCAGCUGCAAAGCGACAAUGCAUUGUUGCGUCUCGCUCUGAACAACGCACAGGAGGAGAUAACAUCCCUCAAAAGCCUUCCCACCACCGCCACCGACACGAGCGCCCUUCAACAAACACUCAUACAAGCACCACAUCCGGGCACAUCACUUGACAACGACGACGUCUUUACGUCUUCCCAUACACCUGAAAAUGGUCUCACUCUAGAGGGCGCACUUCACAGCCUUCAGAUGCAAACUGCACAGCUGCUCGAGAUCAACGAUGAUUUCCUCGCGGAGCAAGAUCGCUGGCGCAGCGGCCGAUAUGUAAGCAGCAGGAACCCGUCGGCAUCGGUGGUGUCGCCCAGCGCAUCGUAGCGUGGUGGCCGCUUGGGCGCGAGGGAGAUGCUAGCACGCGUGGCAAAGGCGCAGAAAUUGCCGACUGGUGCCCCUACAUCAAGCAGACAUAAAAAUACUGUGCGAGUAAUUGCGAGGAUGGUGGGAAGGCGAGCUUGCAGCACUAUUUUUUUUAAAUUGCUUUGAUAGAGUACUGU